AUGGAUGGCUCUCCCUUCCAGGUCCACGACUACACCGGCCACCCGCUCGACCCAAACGCCUCCCUCUCCAGGCUGUGCAACAGCGCCGCCCAGCGGCGGCUGCGGCGGCAGUCGCAGCUGCCUGAGUUCUUCAUCGACCCGCUCUCGCCACUGCCGCUCGCGGACGCCGUGCGGUCCGGUCCGGCGGUCCGCUACGUGUACCUGCUGCUCGCGAGCCGGCCGUACGCCCACGAGACCAUCAACCGCAACGUGCACGCGCUGCAGGUGCCGGGCGCGCUCGAGGCGGCCUCGCGCGGCUCGAGAGAGUCGAACCUUUUUCUGGUGCACAUCGACGCCAAGAUGGAGGCUGGCGCGGCGGAGGCGCUGCGCGCGGCCGUCUCGUCGCGCCCCGACGUCUACUUUGUCCGCCGGCGGCGCCACGUCGUGUGGGCGGGCUGGUCCAUGAUGCUCGUCCUGCUCGACGCGAUCCACUCGCUGCUGCGCCGCCUGCUGCGGUUCGAGUACCUGAUCAACCUCGGCGACGCGGACCUGACCGUCCGCACGCAUGGGGAGAUUGCAAGCUUCUUCGGCGCCUUCCCCGGCCGCUCCAUCCUCAGCGUCGUCGAGAGCAAGCGCGACCCGCGGAGGUACAAGAUGCACGCCGGAUUCCGCGGCUACUGCUGGCUGCGCCCAGGCGCCGCCUUCCUGGUGACUCGUCCCGACGGCAAGCUGCCGGAGGCCAAGCAGGCGGCGAUGGAGAACACGCUGCUGCCCGACGAGGCGCUGCUGCAGACGGCAGCGACCCUUGGCGCAGCGCCGCCACCAUCGCCCUGA